AUGUCUGACGUCGCCAACUCUACCUCGCCCGUCCAGGACGUUGCUGACGCCAACGGCGCUCAGAUCGACACCAACGUCGCUGCUGCCCAGGCCGAAGCCCCCACCCCCACCACCGCUGCUCCCGCGAACAACCAGAACUCCGCGUCGCUCUAUGUUGGCGAGCUCGACCCCUCCGUCACCGAGGCCAUGCUCUUCGAGCUGUUCUCCUCGAUCGGCCAAGUCGCGUCUAUCCGUGUCUGCCGUGACGCCGUUACCCGUCGCUCGCUCGGUUACGCCUAUGUUAACUACAACAGCUCUGAGGAUGGCGAGAAGGCCCUCGAAGAGUUGAACUACACCGUCAUCAAGGGCAAGCCUUGCCGCAUCAUGUGGUCUCAGCGUGACCCCGCUCUGCGCAAGACUGGCCAGGGCAACGUCUUCAUCAAGAACCUGGACCACGCCAUUGACAACAAGGCUCUCCACGACACCUUCGCCGCUUUCGGUAACAUCUUGAGCUGCAAGGUCGCUCAGGACGAACUCGGCAACUCCAAGGGCUACGGAUUCGUUCACUACGAGACCGCCGAGGCUGCCAACAACGCUAUCAAGCACGUCAACGGCAUGUUGCUCAACGAGAAGAAGGUUUUCGUCGGCCACCACAUCCCCAAGAAGGAGCGCAUGAGCAAGUUCGAGGAGAUGAAGGCCAACUUCACCAACAUCUACGUCAAGAACAUCGACCUCGAUGUCUCUGACGAGGACUUCCGUGAGCUCUUCGAGAAGCACGGUGACAUCACCUCCGCCUCCAUCGCGCGCGAUGAUCAGGGCAAGAGCCGCGGGUUCGGCUUCGUCAACUACAUCAAGCACGAGGCUGCCUCCGCCGCCGUUGACGCCCUCAACGACACCGACUUCCGUGGCCAGAAGCUCUACGUCGGCCGUGCUCAGAAGAAGCACGAGCGUGAGGAGGAGCUCCGUAAGCAGUACGAGGCCGCUCGCCUUGAGAAGCAGUCUAAGUACCAGGGUGUCAACCUCUACAUCAAGAACCUCAACGACGAUGUUGACGACGAGAAGCUGCGCGACAUGUUCACUCCUUUCGGUACCAUCACCUCCGCCAAGGUCAUGCGCGAUGCCAUGCCUGCUGAGCGUUCCGAGACCCCCGCCGAUGAGAAGAAGGACGAGGUCAAGGAGGAGCCCAAGGAGGCCGAGAAGACUGAGGAGUCCAAGGAGGAGUCCAAGGAGGAGUCCAAGGAUGCCUCUUCUGAUGAGAAGAAGGACGAGAACAACAGCGGUGAGAAGGUCACCAUCAAGGGUGAGAAGAAGAUUCUUGGUAAGAGCAAGGGCUUCGGUUUCGUCUGCUUCAGCAACCCCGAUGAGGCUACCAAGGCUGUCACCGAGAUGAACCAGAAGAUGAUUGAGGGCAAGCCCCUCUACGUCGCCCUUGCCCAGCGCAAGGACGUCCGCAAGAACCAGCUCGAGGCCACCAUCCAGGCCCGCAACCAGCUUCGCAUGCAGCAACAACAGCAGCAGCAGUUCGGCGGUAUUCCUCAGAUGUUCAUCGCACCUGGCCAGCAGCCUAUGAUGUUCCCUGCCGGUGGCCGUGGCCAGAUGCCCUUCCCCGCUGGUAUGCCUGGCCAACAAGGUGGCCGUGGCGCUGGUUUCCCUGGUGGCAUGCCUGGUCAGCAAGGUGGUCGCGGCGGACCCAACGGUCAGCAGAUGCCCCCUAUGUACAUGCCCCCUGGCAUGGCUCCUGGCGCUUUCCCUCCUGCCUACAUGAACCAGCAGUACAUGCAACUUGCCCAGGCUGCUCAGCAGGCCAUGGGCGGACGUGGCGGCCGUGGCGGUCCUAUGGCCCCUAUGCCCGGCAUGCCUCAGGUCCCGAUGGCUGGUGUUCCCGGAAUGCGCGGCGGUCAGGGCUUCCCUCCUCAAGGUGCUGGUCGCGGCGGUCCCCAGGGCGGUCGACCCGGCCAGUCCCCCAUGCCCUACCCUCAGGGCGGUCGUGGCGGCCCCGCCGGUGCUGGCGUCGACAUGGGUGCUCUGAGCGGUGCUGCUCCCGGUCAGCAGAAGCAGAUGCUCGGUGAGGCUCUUUACCCCAAGAUCGCUGAGAUGCAGCCCGAGCUCGCCGGCAAGAUCACCGGUAUGCUCCUCGAGAUGGACAACAGCGAGUUGAUCACCCUCACUUCCGACGAGGCUGCUCUCCGCGCCAAGGUUGAGGAGGCCAUGAGCGUCUACGACGAAUACGUCAAGAACAAAGAGGGUGAGCCUGAGAAGGAAGCCCCCAAGGAGGAGACCAAAGAAGAGAAGGCUUAA